CUUGGCCUGUCUGGCAGAGAAGAAUUUCGUGUCCAGCUAAUUGGGACCCGAAAUACUACGAAUUCGGACAUCAAUGGACGAAAGACGAUCGACGGGCAGGUCUAAAAGGCAGGCAAAAGCCCCUGAUGAAGGGUUCUGGGACUGUAGUGUGUGUACUUACAGAAACCCACCAGAAGCUUUUAAGUGUGAGAUGUGUGAUGUUCGCAAAGGUACAUCAACAAGAAAACCACGGAUCAACUCUCAGAUGGUAGCACAGCAAGUGGCUCAGCAGUUUGCUCCUCCGGGGCCUCCAAAGAAGGAGAAGCUGAUGAAGAAGGACAAGAACAGUGCAGGGUCAACAAAACGCAGCAGCAGAUCCCCAAGGUUAAAGAAUGUGGAUCGCAGCACAGCCUCCCAGAUGGCCGUGACGGUGGGAAAUGUUACUGUGGUCAUAACAGACUACCAGCCAAAAGAUAGGCGUACCUCUAGUGAAACUGCCAGUAAUGAUUUAUCAGACAGUAGUGACAGUGCUUCCUACACCAUGAACAAUGAUCAUGAAGAAGACAAUAAUAAUGAUCAUCAUGAUAAUGCAGAGCAGGACUCUGAAACAGACACCAACAGCUGAGCUUGAAACACUCUAUGGUUGAAAAAGUGCAAUAAAUGUGGUUUAAACGAUGGGCUUUGGGGGAAAGGUAUUUGCUUUCUAAAGCAACCUUGGAAGUGCGCAUCUUGCUCUACUGAUGUGCCGUCACCUUGUCUUAAACUUACUGUUGGAUUGAGUUACCCAGAGACAUGUUGAUCUUACUUUGAUCGCUCAUUCAUCAACUGUACUUGAAGUUAGUUAUGAGAUGUUAAGAGAAUGUGAAAGCCUCUAAAAAAUAUUUGAUGUUCGCAAAUGCUUUCAUGUAUUCAUAUGGAGAAUGAGGUUUUAGUGGGCAGCAAGAUUGUUUUUGUUACAGUAUAUUUGUGUUUCGUGCGAAAUACCUGGUUUAGUGUUUCUGUGAUGUUUUUGAAGCUGAACCUUUGCUGCUACAUCUAUGGUGCUGACAAACUACAGAAGGAUUUGUUGUUGAUGAUUUUUGAUCAUCAACAUAAUCAACAGGCAGGUGAAAGUUUUCACUCAGUCAAUAAAGAACCCCACCUAUUCAGGAGCUCAGCUCAGUCACUGCCAUACACAUCAGGGUUGUAUCGUACUAUAGACGAUUCGUAAAUGGAUGAUGUCACAGGAACCUGCUUGAGAACAGGUCGAGGAAUAAGAUGACCAUGUGUUACUGUAAUGUUUCCUGGAAGCCUUAAUUACAUGCGUUGUUGUAUGUGAGCUUCAUCAGUUCUGUUGAACAAAAUGAAGACAUGCUGGUCAUUUGUAUGCGGUGGACACAAGGACUGUCCAAGACAUUUAUUCUGGAGACUGAUGUGAGAAAUACAGUGUUGGUGUGACACUGUGUAAGUGAAUGAAUGUGUUUUUUUGAUGUUUUUUUUUUCUUGUGAAUGUUGACAGGAGUUUCA